UUCCAAAUCUAAGUUGCACCUCUCACGUCAUGUGAAGUGUCGAGUGUCGAGUGUCGAGUGUCUAACUUGUCUUUUUGUUUUGUUAUCUCUCAUUUGCCAACCACCGAUCCCUUCCCUCCUCUCACACGCAUGGACUCUCUCAAACUCCUUCCUCUCCUUCACCUCCAUCCACGCGCACCAUCGUCGUUAUCGCCUCAAGCUUACUCCAAUUCACCCACUUUCCUUUCUCUGCUAAGAGGAAAAACUAGGACUUUCAAAUUGCGAUCACUUCCCAGUAACCUUCAAGGUGGCGCCGCUGCUUCACCGGAUGGACCUUUCGCCUUCGAAGACGAACUCUCUCGCCAGAAAGACGAUAGAGCUCUCGUCUUGGCCAGAGAAACCGACGAUUUUGGCUAUCUCGUUGGCUUUCGCUUGCUUCCUGACUCUGGUCUUGAAGAGUUGAUGAGAGUGUCGCAAGCGGGGGAUACAGCUAAGGUAGAUUCUAUUUCUAGUGGCGAUGAGGUUAUGAAACUUGAGAUUGAAGGUAUAGAUGGAGAGGGAGCUGAGACUAGAGUGUUACAGAACAUUGUUUUUGUGACUGCUGAAGCUGCGCCGUAUUCCAAGACUGGUGGCCUUGCUGAUGUUUGCGGCUCUUUGCCGAAAGCGCUCGCUGCUCGCGGCCACCGCGUCAUGGUUGUCACGCCAAGAUACAUUCAUGGUACUUCUGAGGAUGAUAAGUUUGCUGCUGCUGUUGAUUUGGAUCGGCCCACCAAAUUGUUUUGCUUUGAAGGUGUCCAAGAAGUUGGCUUUUACCAUGAGUUCAGGGAAGGGGUUGAUUGGGUGUUUGUGGAUCACCCCUCAUUCCACAGACCAGGGAAUCCAUAUGGAGACAAGUUUGGGACUUUUGGGGAUAAUCAGUUUCGGUUCACUUUACUCUGCCAUGCAGCGUGUGAAGCCCCAUUGGUGCUUCCAUUGGGAGGGUUCACUUAUGGAGAAAAUUGUUUAUUCCUUGUUAAUGAUUGGCAUGCCAGCCUAGUUCCAGUACUUUUGGCAGCGAAGUAUCGUCCACAUGGGGUAUAUAAGGAUGCACGUAGUAUAUUAGUGAUACAUAAUAUAGCACAUCAGGGAGUGGAACCUGCAAUUACAUAUAGUAAUUUGGGGCUACCUUCAGAAUGGUAUGGAGCAAUGGGAUGGGUGUUCCCUACGUGGGCAAGGACGCAUGCUCUUGACACGGGUGAAGCAGUCAACUUUCUAAAAGGUGCCAUUGUUACUGCUGACCGGAUAGUUACAGUAAGCAAGGGCUAUUCCUGGGAGAUAACAACUAGUGAAGGUGGAUGUGGUCUACAUGAGUUAUUAAGUAGUCGAAAAAGUAUUCUCAAUGGGAUCACAAAUGGAAUAGAUGUCACUGAAUGGGACCCUUCAUGUGAUAAACAUAUUGCUUGCAAUUAUUCUGCUGAUGACCUUUCUGGGAAGGUCGAAUGUAAGAUUUCUUUGCAGGAAGAAUUGGGUCUUCCAGUGAGGCCUGAUUGUCCGUUGAUUGGAUUCAUUGGGAGACUGGACUACCAGAAAGGCAUUGAUCUGAUUCGCUGGGCAAUGCCAGAGCUCAUGGAAGCUGAUGUUCAGUUUGUAAUGCUUGGUUCGGGAAACCCUAUUUAUGAAGAUUGGAUGAGAGCAAUGGAGUCAGCUUAUAAAGAUAAAUUUCGGGGUUGGGUGGGAUUUAAUGUCCCAAUAUCUCAUAAAAUAACUGCAGGAUGUGAUAUACUGUUGAUGCCGUCUGCAUUUGAGCCCUGUGGACUGAAUCAGUUGUAUGCAAUGAGAUAUGGAACGAUACCCGUUGUUCAUGAAACUGGGGGGCUAAGAGAUACCGUUCAUAAUUUCAAUCCAUAUACUGAAGAUAGCAAUGCUGAAAGCACUGGGUGGACAUUUUCUCCACUAACAAAGGAGAGCAUGUUAGCGGCUCUAAGAUAUGCCAUUCAAACAUAUAAUGAACACAAGGGUUCUUGGGAGGGAUUGAUGAAAAGAGGUAUGACAAAAGAUUACACAUGGGUAAAUGCUGCCACUCAAUACGAGGAAGUCAUUAACUGGGCAUUCACUGACCCUCCUUAUUGCUGAAAGCUGAAACAAAGUUUUCAUAAAAGAUUUACGCAAUAUAUUCUUUGAACACGCAGGCUGCUUAAGAGGAUUUUCGUGUUCAUAAUUAUGGCUUAGUGAUAACAAGAAGUAGGCCAUUUUUUCUUUGCUCGUUUAAGUCCACCACUUUGGUGUAAUUUUAUUAUCAAACGCACAAAUUCUUUUUAGGGAUGCACAUAUCUCACCCAUCUUGAGCUGUACUCUUUUCAUUAUAUGAUAGGGUAAAUAAACUCAGCUAGGCAGUCCUCGUAGAAUCUUUUAUACCAAUUGAAAUUCCACUUUGUAACUAUCCUAAUAUUUAAUGCAGUUAGAAGUUUUUUACCGUACAAGGGAGAAAGUAUAAUAAUCAAUUUUGAUGCAUAGUUAUUGCUUUUGUAUUGGGUAGGAUUAUAGAACAGGUCAUGUGCCAUGCUGAGUUUACACCAUCUGAGAACUGUGCCUUUAUUAGAUCAUUGGUUAAAAGUAUGAAAAAUGAUGCGAAUUGUGUUAUCGCGGGUUACCGACACAAAUUGCAAGAUGCGUCAA